CCCAUUCCUGUCUUCUUGGUUCCUCGAACACAUCCAUGGAGAGGUCAAGGUCCUGCACAGAGAAGAGCAGCAGCAACAACACCCCAGCCAGCGCCGUCAGCGAGCUGAGGUGCUACAGUUCUUCCUACGUCACGCCCAAGAAGGCAGCCGGCACCACAUGGCCGUCUCCUGCACCUUCUUCCAUUUCCUCGUCGGCGGCGGCGGCGACCGGUUCGAAGGUGAAGACGUGGAGCGGCGGCUUGUGUAGUGCCCCGGCGGAGCUGCGGCGGAAGGGGAGGGUGGCGGGGUACAGGGUGUACGGCGCGGAGGGGAAGGUGAAGGUGUCGCUGAAGAACGGCGUGAGGUGGCUCAAGGGCAAGUGCACCCAGGUGGUGGACGGCUUGUGGUGAAGCCAAGGUGCAGAUCGAUUAUCUCUUUUUCUGCCCGGUAAAUAUUGAUGUACGUACAUCUUCUCCACAUGCCUAAAAUCGCGGGGCUAAUGCAUCCAAGAUCUUAAGAUGAUAUUCUUAAGCUGUUUGUGUGUAAGUAGCUACUUAAAUUACGAGAGAAUGUAGUGCCUCGUUCGAAAUGCU